GAAUGUCAAAAUCAGUAACCAAUCCAAACUAAACCAACCUUAGAUCUUAAUUUUAAUGAAUGUCAUUCAAUAUAAUAAUUUUUAUUUUUAAACAAUAUUUUACAAUUUAAUUCAUUCUACAUCAAUUAAUUCGGCCACACAUUGAGAUAAAAAUGUCGGAACAAAUUGUUGGAUCAGCGGGUUCUGCUGCACCCUCUGGCACCAGUGUAGCCGAGGAACAGCGCUCUGGGAGUGGGGCUGCUUCAGGUACUGCAGCAUCCGAAGAGAAAGUGUUUGGUGGUUGCGAAGGUCCAGAUGCCAUGUAUGUGAAGCUGGUUUCUUCUGACGGACAUGAGUUCAUAGUGAAAAGAGAGCAUGCCCUCACCUCAGGGACAAUCAAAGCUAUGUUGAGUGGUCCCGGCCAGUUCGCUGAAAAUGAAGCUAAUGAAGUCAACUUUAGGGAAAUACCAUCGCAUGUACUACAGAAAGUAUGUAUGUACUUCACAUACAAAGUCCGCUACACUAACUCGUCCACUGAAAUUCCUGAGUUCCCCAUUGCUCCAGAGAUUGCUCUCGAGCUACUAAUGGCUGCUAACUUCCUCGACUGUUAGACACAUUCAAUAAACUUCGAAGAUAUGAAGAGUUGUGUGAUUAUUACAACAAAAGUUGAUAUACAUCUGUGGUAUAGCUUACAUUUUAUCAUAUUAUUUUCUUCAUGACGAAUAUUACCAAUUAACUUACUGUUUCGAUCUGUUUAUAUGCUAGGUUAGGGCGGUCACACAUUCGGUUCAGAACGAUGAUUAUCCUAUGCGAUCCCGUUGGAUUGAUCAAUUCGUUUGCUACGCCCCGCUCUCUUUGGAAAUUAGCCAAUCAGAACAGUUACGUAGGACAAUAAUCUGUCUUAAUAUAUAACUACUUAACGUAAUGUGGGCAUAUUAAGUCUUGAGAUCAAC